GCAUCACACACCACUCAGAAGCAGGAGUAGGCUAUCUCUUUAUCUUAGCAGGGGGAGACAGGAGCGCUGUGAUCAAAGGAUGGAGGGCUCUGGCUGGCAAGAUGUUGAAGAGCCUCCUGGAAGCCAAGUGUACGAGGUGACGGUGGUCCAAAACGCCACGGCCCCUCACAACUAUCCCUUUGCAGACGUCGCCCUGCUGCAGACCUUCAAGCCGCUUAUCAUCCCCUGUUACGUUCUUGUGGUGCUGGUGGGCGUCUUUGGCAACUACCUUCUGAUCUACGUCAUCUGCCGCUCGAGGAAGAUGCACAACGUCACCAACUUCUUCAUCGGCAACCUGGCCUUCUCAGACAUGCUGAUGUGUGUGACCUGCGUCCCCUUCACGCUGGCCUAUGCCUUCAGCCCUCACGGGUGGACGUUCGGCCGCUUCAUGUGCUACCUGGUGUUCCUGAUCCAGCCCGUCACUGUAUACGUGUCCGUUUUCACUCUCACGGCUAUCGCGGUUGACAGGUACUACGCUACAGUGCACCCUUUAAAGAAGCGAAUCUCAAUGGCUGCCUGCGCUUAUGUGCUGUCUGGGAUCUGGCUGCUGUCGUGUGUGCUGGUCGCCCCCGCUGUGGCCCACACGUAUCAUGUGGAGUUUAGAGACGAGGGUCUAACCAUCUGCGAGGAGUUCUGGUUGGGCCAGGAGACCCAGCGACUGGUGUACGCCUACAGCACGCUGCUACUGACCUACAUCCUGCCUUUAUCCGCAGUCUGCGUCUCUUACCUCUGCAUCUCCGUCAAACUCCGCAACUGCGUGGCCCCCGGACACCGAACGCGCGACCAGGCCGAGGCCCAGCGGGCGCGCAAGCGGAAGAUCUUCAGGCUGGUGUCUCUAGUGGUGGCGGCGUUCGGAGUCUGCUGGCUGCCCAUCCACGUGUUCAACGUCCUGCGCGACAUCGACAUCCGCCUCAUCAACAAGCGCCAUUUCCUGCUGAUCCAGCUGUUGUGUCAUCUGUGCGCUAUGAGCUCGUCCUGCUGCAACCCGUUCCUGUACGCCUGGCUUCACGACCGUUUCUGCGCCGAGCUGCGCAAGAUGUUCACCUGCCACCGUCGCAUCGGUAUACCGGCCAACCACUGCGCCACAGCGAGCGUCGUGCUAUGA